GUUGCUAACCAAUUGCGGGUUGCUGGAAACGACAGUCAAACGUUAGGAAGAUCCAAAGUCCCGUUCUCUUUAUUCAUUAUUUUCCCCCUCCCCUCCCUUCUCUUCACUCGGCGCACGCAAUCUCGCUGCUGCACCAACCCAAUUCAACCUCCUCGCUUCCCUUGCGGACUUCCCAAAGCCACCCCCUUUUCUCUGUCUAUCUCUAUAUGUGUGUGUGUGUGUGUGAAAUCUCAAGCUUUGGCCUAGACAAUGCAGAGCACGGCGUUUACUCAUUCGCCCUCGCUGCUCCCACUCCCCAAGACCCGAAGAAGCCCUUUGAACCCGACCUUCAACACUAGAUUCGACCCCUUCCGCGCCUCUUCCUCUUCCAAGCCCCGCCAUCUCUCGCCAUCCGUCAAUGGGUCCUUCUCUGCUCGCUUCCCUAAUCGAUCCUGGUCUCUUUCCUCCUCGUCUUCUUCGUUCAAGCUCAGGCCCUGGACGUCUGUUCCCGCGCCUGAUUCCGAUGCCCGAGCGAGUAAUUUUGAGCUUAAGGCUACCUCUGUGCCCGAGAGCGCAGAGUCCAGCAGCACGUUGAAGACGGUGGUGCUCGGAGCCUUGUUUGGCCUCUGGUACCUCUUCAACAUCUAUUUCAAUAUUUACAACAAGCAGGUUUUGAAGGUAUACCCAUACCCUGUAACUGUCACAGCGGUUCAGUUUGCUGUUGGGACUGCACUUGUUUCACUGAUGUGGGGUCUUAAUCUCUACAAAAGGCCGAAAAUUAGUGGUUCACAGCUUGCAGCUAUAUUUCCAUUGGCAGUGGUGCACACCUUAGGGAACCUUUUCACUAAUAUGAGUCUUGGAAAAGUUGCAGUGUCAUUUACUCACACGAUUAAAGCUAUGGAGCCCUUCUUCUCAGUUAUCCUCUCUGUAAUAUUUCUAGGGGAGAUUCCCACUCCAUGGGUGGUUGCUUCCCUUAUACCUAUUGUUGGUGGAGUGGCACUGGCAUCAGUCACAGAGGCAUCUUUUAAUUGGGCUGGAUUCUCGAGUGCAAUGGCUUCCAAUUUGACAAAUCAAUCUCGUAAUGUCCUUAGCAAAAAAGUCAUGGUUAAGGAAGAGGAAUCUUUGGACAACAUUACUCUCUUCUCAAUAAUAACAGUAAUGUCCUUUUUCUUGUUGGCUCCUGUGGCUAUCUUCAUGGACGGUGUCAAGUUUACUCCUGCAUAUCUCCAAUCAGCUGGAUUAAAUGUUAAACAACUAUACACCAGGUCUCUUUUGGCUGCACUCUGCUUCCAUGCCUAUCAGCAGGUUUCCUACAUGAUAUUGCAGAGGGUAUCACCUGUUACCCACUCCGUUGGAAAUUGUGUGAAGCGAGUGGUGGUCAUAGUCAGCUCUGUCCUCUUUUUCAAAACCCCCGUCUCACCUAUCAAUUCUCUCGGAACUGGAGUUGCUCUUGCUGGAGUCUUCUUAUAUUCACGGGUGAAGCGCAUUAAGCCAAAGAAAGCUUAAGCUUUGUUGUGAAAUUUUUGCUCGCAAAUUUGGGUUGUUUAGCUUCAUCCAUUCAAGAAUUUCAUUUUAGGCCAGGCUGGGAAGUAAGAGCGUGUAAUUUGGUUCUUUUAUGGUAUGUAGCUAAUUUUGGCAGAACUUCAAUUCUUUCGUGGACCAGGAGCAACUGAUGGCUCUGAUCCCAGAACCCAUCCUCGUGUUGCCAUCUUGGGUUUUCCUCAAAUUCCUUUCUACUUUCUAUUGUGUCAAUAGUUUGAAUUUAGAACAUAUUCCUCGUGCUAUAUCAAAUUUUGGUUAGUGGGGUUCUAAA